GUACAUUUGCAUUUUUAUCAGUAAGGUUUAAAGAAAAAGCAAAGUUGUAGAAGAAGAGGAUUAAGAGAGUGAGCGAGCAAAAAACUUAGUAUUUUCAAAUACACAGAUCCCUAUGGAAUUAUUAUUCAGUUGAGCUUACUAUACAACUAUUUCGUUUUUUUUUUCUUUGUUGAAGCUCAUUCUUUUUGUUUAGUUUAAAGGGACUUGUCUUGUUCUCUUCCUUUUGCUUAUAAGUUAUAGAGAGAAGAAAGAAGAGAGGAUAUAGUUGGUCUUUGUAGAGAGAAAGAAAGAACAAGUCUGUUUGUGAGUUGUGGGGACUGUAGAGAGACUUUGAGAAGCUGCAUAGAUUGGAGAGUUUGAAUUUGUUUAUCAUUGUUAUAGAUUUGUUAUUUUAGUUCUGCAGCUAGAAAACAAAAAUAAACUAAGUUUUUUUUUUCUUCUUCUUGAAAAUGGGUGGAAGAGAUUGUAGAAUGAUUAGUUUAUUUGCUUCCCAAUGAUUGAGUGUGCCUUGCAACAAGAAAUCAUCCUGUGUUAGAAAAAUAGAAAAGAUAAUAGAAGAAGAUGAAGUCCAUGAGUAAUGAUAGCAACAGCAACAACAACAGCAGCAGCAACAACAACAACUGGUUGGGUUUUUCACUUUCACCUCACAUGACCAUGGAAGUUCCUUCAGAAUCUCAUCAUACCCAUACUCAUAAUCAACAACACCAUCAUCAAACUUCUUCUACUGCUGCAGUUUCAAAUAACACUGUUCCAACAAGCUUCUUUCUCUCUCCACCUCAUAUGAAUAACUCUGAAAUCUGUUAUGGAGUAGGAACUUGUCAUGAAAACAGUGGAUAUUAUUCUCAUUUGAGUGUAAUGCCACUAAAGUCUGAUGGGUCUCUUUGUAUCAUGGAAGCUCUCAGUAGAUCACAAUCAGAAGGAAUGGUGCCAACUUCAUCCCCAAAACUGGAAAAUUUCUUAGGAAGUGGAGCAAUGGGGAAUCCUCAUCACUAUGGAAACAGUGAAAGAGAAACCAUGGCUCUUAGUUUAGACAGCAUGUAUUACCACCAAAACACUGAAACUCAAAAUAAUAGACAACAACCACAACAGCAUUCUCUUAACUUUCUUCAACAACCACAAGAUCAUCAUAUUCAAGUCCAACAACACACAUAUUACUCUGGAUUAACUGGUCAUGAGAUUUAUCAAACUUCAUUAGAAGAAGAAAACAAAGGAACACAUCUUUCAAAUUCUAGUCUUCAACUUCCUCCAAUGGGAGAAGAUGGUAUUUCAGGUUUGAAAAACUGGGUAGCUAGACACUAUCCUACUAAUAACUCAUCCAUGGAACAAAAAAUGAAUACUGCUGGUUGUUUAACUAAUGAUGGAAGUGGGUCUGGUUCUGUUAAUGCAAUGGGUUAUGGAGAUUUACAGUCUCUGAGCUUGUCAAUGAGUCCUGGUUCACAAUCAAGCUGUAUUACAGCAUCGCAACAGAUCUCACCAACUGGUACUGCUGAAUGUGUAGCCAUGGAAACAAACAAGAGAGGGUCUUCAAAAAUGGGUCAGAAACAACCUGUCCAUAGGAAGUCCAUUGACACAUUUGGGCAGAGAACUUCACAAUACAGAGGUGUCACAAGGCAUAGGUGGACUGGAAGAUAUGAAGCUCAUCUAUGGGAUAAUAGUUGCAAAAAGGAAGGACAGACUAGGAAGGGAAGGCAAGUUUAUCUUGGUGGAUAUGAUAUGGAAGAAAAAGCUGCUAGAGCUUAUGAUUUAGCAGCACUGAAGUAUUGGGGACCUUCAACCCACAUCAACUUUCCGUUGGAAAAUUAUCAAGAUGAGCUUGAAGAAAUGAAGAACAUGAGUAGGCAAGAAUAUGUUGCCCACUUGAGAAGGAAAAGCAGUGGGUUUUCAAGAGGAGCUUCAAUGUACAGAGGAGUAACAAGGUCUCACAGACAUCAUCAGCAUGGUAGAUGGCAGGCAAGGAUCGGACGAGUCGCCGGAAACAAAGACCUUUAUCUUGGCACAUUCAGUACCCAAGAAGAAGCAGCUGAAGCUUAUGACAUUGCUGCAAUCAAAUUUCGUGGUGUAAAUGCUGUUACUAACUUUGACAUAACAAGAUACGACGUUGAACGCAUCUCAGCCAGUAAUACCUUACUUGCCGGAGAACUUGCCAAGAGGCACAAGGAUGUAGAACCUGUUGUCGAAGUUGUCGAGCAACAUUCCUCUGUUCAAAAUGGAGGAGAAGGUAACUUGCCCGAGGAAAAUGCUGCUGGGCCUGACUGGAAGAUGGUUCGUAAUCAUUCGCAACAACAACAACAGCAGCUGCAACAGCAACAACAGCAGCAGACUGCAUCAGUUGAAAACCUUGAGCACAAACCAUUUGAGACAAACAAUUACCGGAACCUCCCAUUUUCGAUGUCAUUACAUGAUCUAAUGGGUAUUGAUGCAAUGAACUCAAACCAACAAGGAUUAGAAGAUUCUAACAGGUCGAGUGCUCAUUUAUCGAACACGUCAUCAUUGGUUACAAGCUUAAGCAGCUCCAGAGAAGGUAGCCCUGAGAAAAAUGGGCUCUUUGGAGGACAAUCAUCAACCUCCAACAAGUUUAGUCCUUCCUCGGCAAACUCCUGGAUUCCAUCAGCACAACUUAAGCCUACUGCAAUCACUAUGGCUCACUUGCCUAUGUUUGCUGCAUGGACUGAUGCUUAGACUUUGAUGAUACUGUUUUGUAAACAAGAGAGUUAGGAGAAAAAGAGAAGAAUGCAUGAAAGUAUGAUUGGGUGUUUAUGGGAAAAGGUGGGAAAUUUUUACUUUUACUUGGGAUUUUGGUUAAUUUGGGGGACUAAUGAAGGUCAGGGUUUAAGACCAAGGUUAUUAUUAGGUUUCUGUAAAAAAAAAAAGAAAAAAAGAACAGUUUGAACUUGUUCUGUUUGAACUGACCCUCUUUUUAACUAGCCAUAUUGAAAUGACAGAUUUUGUAGAAAUGGUGGGGGGAGAUUUUAAAGUUUAUGUGAUGAUUAAAAUUCCAUGAAAUGAUGUUUUAGGAGGUA